AUGAUUACUGCCGAGAUCUACUGCGCUCAACUGCAAAGACUGGCCGACAAGAUCCGCAAGGAGCACCCGAAGCUCCACAACAUUCGCAUGCUGCACGAUAACGCGCGCCCUCACAUCGCGAAGAAGACUUCCCAGAAAAUUCUGGAGCUCGGAUGGGAAGUUCUACCGCACCCACCGUACAGCCCGGACCUGGCCCCGAGCGACUACCACCUCUCCCGAUCGCUUCAGCAUCACCUGGAAGAGAAGAGCUGCGAUGAUCGUGAAAACCUCAAAAAUGACCUUCGGGCUUUCUUCGCCUCCAAGUCGCCGGAGUUCUACGCCAAACAAAUCCGUGAUCUUGUGAGAUGUUGGCAGAAGGUUGUCGAUAUUGAUGGAGAUUAUUUCGUCGAAUAA